UAAGUAUCAACGGAAAGCAGACAACUUACUCUCUUUGAAAAUGGCGAAGAAGAUUGGGCGGAGAUUUGAAGGCAAAGUUGCAAUCGUCACUGCAUCCACUCAGGGCAUCGGCUUCGCCAUCGCCGAGCGUCUUGGUCUGGAAGGAGCCUCCGUUGUCAUCUCUUCUCGCAAACAGAAAAAUGUAGAUGAAGCAGUUGAAAAGCUUAAAAACAAAGGACUUGAAGCGUUUGGAGUGGUUUGUCAUGUCUCAAAUGCACAACACAGGAAAGAUCUUAUUCAAAAGACUGUUGAUAAAUAUGGGAAAAUAGAUGUGGUUGUAUCAAAUGCUGCUGCAAAUCCAUCAGUGGAUCCCAUAUUACGAACCCAAGAAUCUGUCCUUGACAAGCUAUGGGAAAUAAACGUCAAAGCAACUGUACUACUUCUGCAGGAGGCAGCUCCUCACCUGCAAAAGGGUUCAUCAAUUGUUAUUAUUUCCUCAAUUGCUGGCUAUAAUCCGCAGCCUACCAUGCUUAUGUAUGGGGUAACUAAGACAGCCCUUCUUGGGUUGACCAAGGCACUUUCAACUGAGAUGGCCCCGGAUACUCGCGUAAAUGCUGUUGCUCCAGGUUUUGUUCCAACAAACUUUGCAGCAUUCAUUACCAAAGAUGAGGCUGUGGAUAUUGCAGAGGAAGGUUGCUGAGGAAAAGACCUUACUUCAUAGGCUUGGUACCCCAGAAGACAUGGCUGCUGCAGCUGCUUUCUUGGCAUCUGAUGAUGCUUGUUAUAUUACAGGGGAAACUAUUAUAGUGGCAGGGGGUAUCCCCUCUAGACUGUAAGGGUACUUUUUUUACUCUCUAAUAAGCCCUUCCUUUACAGUUUCUAAUGAUCUCUCAUAUCCUUUGGUUUUUUAUAGUUGUAACCGGAAAUAGUACAGUUUUUUACUCGAACAAAAUUGAUGCAGAUCAAUAAAUUUAAUAGCCUUUCUCUUUCAA